CAUAGAGACACGUUACGGCUGUGCGACGAAUAGCAUCGAGAGGAGGGCUCGCGUUCAUAGAGGAGCGGAUUCGACGCCGAGAUGAGAUCGCUCGCCUUGGCGGUAUUUGCCGUGGCUGCCACGUGUUACGCGGCCCGACUGGACAACACUUACCUCCCUCCGGGAAAUGCGGGUAGCGCGGGCGGCGGUGGAUUGAUCCAGGCCCCUAACCGGGGACCUGGCGGCCCUGGCGGACCCGGCGGUCCCGGCGGACGGGGUGGUCCCGGAGGACGCGGACCUGGGGGACCAGGCGGCCCUGGAGGUCCUGGUAGUCACGGAGGACCGGGAGGACCCGGCAGACCGGGUGGACCAGGUGGCUUUGGAGGAGGUGGCGGCGGACCUGGCGGCGGUGGAUACGGCGGCGGAGGACCUGGGGGCGGUGGAUUUGGCGGCGGCGGAUCCGGGGGCGGUGGAUUUGGAGGCGGCGGUGGAGGAGGAUACGGUGGCCCAGCUGGGGGUGGCGGCGGCGGCGGGGGUGGCGGACCCAGGGGCGGACCGGGCGGCGGCGGCGGCCAAGAGAUUCCGAUCAUCUCGUACAAUAACGAUAACGGCGGAGACGGCAACUACCAGUUCAGCUACGAAACAGGAAACGGUAUCAGUGCGCAGGAAACCGGCCAUCAGCAAGGGAACGGGGAAGCGGUGAGCGGUUCGUACUCGUACACAGGACCCGACGGCGUGCAAUACAGCGUGCAGUACACAGCGGAUGAAGAGGGUUUCCAUCCCCAGGGUGCGCAUCUUCCGACACCACCUCCAAUCCCGCCAGAGAUUCAACGGGGCGUCGAGUUAGCGCUUGCUGCCGAGGCUAGAGGCGAGAAUCAAGACGGGGGUGGUGGUGGUGGCGGCGGUGGUAAUGGCGGCGGCAGAGGAGGAUACUCUCCAGGGGGUGGUUACGGAAACGGCGGUGGUGGCAGCGGCGGCGGCACUGGCGGCGGAGGUGGACCCCGAGGGGGUGGCGGUGGCGGCAGCGGCGGCUCUUACCAAGGUCCAAAUUCAUACCAAACAAGUUCGGGUGGAUACCAUUGGAACGGGGAAGCGGUGAGCGGUUCGUACUCGUACACAGGACCCGACGGCGUGCAAUACAGCGUGCAGUACACAGCGGAUGAAGAGGGUUUCCAUCCCCAGGGUGCGCAUCUUCCGACACCACCUCCAAUCCCGCCAGAGAUUCAACGGGGCGUCGAGUUAGCGCUUGCUGCCGAGGCUAGAGGCGAGAAUCAAGACGGGGGUGGUGGUGGUGGCGGCGGUGGUAAUGGCGGCGGCAGAGGAGGAUACUCUCCAGGGGGUGGUUACGGAAACGGCGGUGGUGGCAGCGGCGGCGGCACUGGCGGCGGAGGUGGACCCCGAGGGGGUGGCGGUGGCGGCAGCGGCGGCUCUUACCAAGGUCCAAAUUCAUACCAAACAAGUUCGGGUGGAUACCAUUACUAGAUAACGACACCGUAAAAGUUAUUGAAUAUUAUACGAUUCAAUUCUGUUCCAUUACAAUAAUUGUAUUUAAUGGCGGAUUUAUGUACAUAAGAAUAUAUCGUUUAUGUAACUUUUUUAUUUAUACAAAG